CAAGAAUUUAGGCCGUUGGGGAGGCAGUUAACGUUUAUGCGCUUGGAAAACUUUCGUCUUUCUAAUAAAAAACAAGGUUUUUGUGGAUACACGUCAACGAACAACUAUUACUAGCUGUUACUAGUUGUCAGCGAACAACUAGUAAAAGCUUUUACUAGUUGUUCACUGACGUGUAGCUAAUGACGUGUUGUGAGGACAGUGACCUCCUGGUGACCCCAACAAGGCGAUCUCUGACUAGCAAGGGAUAUAAAGUAAAAGGUUUUAGAACAUACUGAAUAUGAAUGCAUGCGACUGGAUCAGACUUUCAACCAUUUUUUAAAGAAUCUCRCUGGUCUAAAAGAAAAUACAUGGUCAGAAMUGAAAAGUCGUGUGUAGGCGGCAACCUGUUUCACYCAAUACAUAUAAUUUGAAAUGUAAUUCUACCAAAUAAUAUAAGGAAAUUUAUGUCAAAGGUAAAGGUAACAUCCGAAAAUAUCUCAUUCCAGCAUUUAUUGUUUAAUCUAUUUCAAACGGUAGGGAAGGAAAGGGUGUUUGUCCUUGCUCCAUUUCUUGUUAAUGGAACAAGAAAAGAUCAUUCGAGCAGUCGGGCUGUUUUGGAUUUUAAUGUUGUUUGAUGAUUGUACACCUCAGCAACAUUUAAACGUUGUGGGGUUUGGAACUAAAAAAACAAUUAUGUGAAAACAAUGACAGUAAAGAGGAAUGCUUAAAUUUAACUUGUCGGGAUUCGAAAUCAUCUUCAAAACUGAAGGAUGCUCCAGGUUUGACUUAUACGUGAAGCGGGGCGCGUCUUUACGUGGAGACGACUCCGCCCAUUCCUGACUUACAGCGGGCAGCCGUCUCUAAGCAACCAGCUGCCCAGCAAGUGGGCUGUGCAGGCCGCAGGACCAAAAGCGUCCCGGAGCGAAACGAGAAGUCAGCUCUUCAAAGGAUCUAAAGGUUAUGGACUGGAGCUCAAAUUGAGCCAAGGCCGCCAUGAAUGACCGGUACCACCGGGCGGCCCGGGACGGUUACCUGGACAUCCUGAAGGAAGCCACUCGGAAGGAGCUGAACGCCCCGGACGAAGAUGGRAUGACGCCGACCUUAUGGGCCGCUUACCACGGCAACCUGGAGGCUCUGCGGCUCAUCGUUGGCAGAGGAGGUGAUCCAGACAAAUGUGACAUCUGGGGGAACGCGCCACUCCACCUGGCAGCUGCCAACGGCCAUCUCAGUUCGCUCUCCUUCCUGGUAGCUUUCGGUGCCAACCUUUGGUGUCUGGACAAUGACUAUCACACACCUCUGGACAUGGCAGCCGCCAAGGGCCACAUGGAUUGUGUUCGAUAUCUGGACUCCACCGCCUCCAAGCAGAUCACCCUCAACCCAAAGCUGGUCAGUAAGCUGAAAGACCGAGCAUUUCGGACUGCUGAGCGUCGCAUCAAAGACUGUGAGAAGCUCCAAAUGAGGCACCGGGAGCGCAUGGAGAGGAAGUUCAUGAAGGAGUCAGUGGCUCUGGACAACCUGGAUGCUAUUAGCUUGUCCAGCUACACCAGCAGCAGCACGCUAAGCCGCAAGUUCAACACAGCCACCUCCAACAUGCCAUAUUCACAGGCUACGCUGCAUUCAACAGCCAAGGGCAAGGCCAAGAUUCAGAAGAAACUGGAAAAGAAGAAGCAAGUUGAUGGAACGUUCAAAAUCUACGAAGAUGGGAGAAAGAGUAUCCGCUCGCUCACUGGCCUGCAGCUUGGUAGCGACGUCAUGUUCCUCAARCAAGGCACCUACGCCAACCCCAAAGAGCGGGCCCGUCUCAACAUCCGGGACAUGUUCCCCCGGGAAAAUGAUGACGAUGUUGAAACAGUUUCUCGUGCCAUGAGUGACCCAGGCCUCUAUGAAGCUGCCUAUUCAGAAAUCAGCGCAGACUCUGGGCGGGACUCCCUUUUCACACGGCCUGGGCUUGGCACCAUGGUGUUUAGAAGGAACUAUAUGACAGGUGGCAUGUUCGGGAUUGGAGGACGAGAUGAAGGAAGUGUUGUAGGAAGUGAACCUGUUGGUCGAGCACCUAACGUCCGUCUGCGUGGACGCCUGCCUCAGCGCUCUCCUAGCUUUGAUGAAGACAGUAUCGGAAGCGCGUUUAGCCUGCAGGAGAGGAACCUGCAAGAAUUACCUUGGGAAGAGGUUGACAUCGGGUUAGAUGAGGACAUUGAGCCAGAGAAUAACAAUCUUGAAACCUUUCUUGCCUCUCAGGGCCUGAGUGAAUUCUUGCCGAUCCUCAGUCGGGAAAAGAUUGAUUUGGAGGCACUGUUACUAUGUUCAGAUCAGGACCUCAGUAGCAUUCAUAUCCCAUUAGGCCCCAGAAAAAAGAUGCUAGAUGCCUGCAAGAGGCGUCUCGAUGUUCUCGAAGAACCAGAAGCUAUUGAGGACUCUGCGCUUUGAGACUUUAUCUGUUUUAUAGCGGGAUUAUCACCUUACAUCUUCAUUCCCAGCAGAUAGAUUCAUGACAGACUUUGGCUCAUAUUACAUAUUAUCAUGGGGGAAAACCGAACAUGUAUUGUUUUUGACCAUUUUAAUCACUAAUCAGCAGGAAAUGGUACUUUUUGGUUCCAACUCAAAAUCAUCAAAGGUAAAGCAUGUCAACAAACUCGAUUAUGGCCCUUUAACGGUUCAAUCACUGGUGUGGGUUUGUUUAUCUCCAAAAAAUAUCAUUGCCACCAUCUUGUGGCUACCAUGUGUAACUGCACUCAAUUUCAUGCUGUAGGUUCUCAUUCUAACUAUGUCAAGAACAUAGUUUAUUUGUAUUUUGUGACAUGCUAUUAUAUAUACAUUUACAUAAAUCUGUCUCCAUAUUAUGAGUCUACACACACAAAUAUUAACGAACUAAAUAAAACUAAUUACAAACUUUACAAUACAAUACAGGUUUUGGUUUUAAAAUUUUUUCCACAAACAGGUAAGUUUCUAUUGAUUCACCUCCAAUAAAUUCUGCUUUAUUGUUACUGUACAUCUCUAUUGCUCCAUUUAAGAAAAAUCAAAAUACAACUAUUGUACUUUAAAACAAAAAUAUUUCUGUUUGGCACAUGUACAUUAAUGACCAUACUGUAUGUUCGUGAUAGAAACUAAUCUGAGACCGCUGCAGACAUGGUGGUAACAGUAAGACGAUGUGGUGUCAGGUCAAAGUUACGUGAGUUUGCGUAAGAUAAAGCUGCAGUUUCAGGUUGCUGCAUGUCGCAUCACCUUUCAGCUCUGGAUGUAUCUGCACCAGAGGGCAUGACCCUGCAUGUAUGAUCAUUUUUAUUUUUUUUGUAAUAACUGCCUGAGAAUGUUCACACAAACAUUAUAUCUUUUAAUAAAAUAAAGUUAAAGAGUUCAUUGGGAGCUUGUUGUACUUAUACAUUGGCAUGAAUGCAUUCAGGCUGUCAAAAUUCAAUUUAUCUGUUAGAUUUAUGUAAUUGGUUCUCAGUACACACCUCCUCUCUUAGGGGUACAAUUUUCUGUAUUUUUUAACUUUUUCUUAGAAGCCAUUUUCCACUCUUCUCUUUUUUUAUUUAUCUCCAUUAGCAUUUAUCUGCAAGAUUUUCUGAUAUUUUAUGUUUUUUUCUCCCUCUUCUUUGUUGCAUUUAGCUAUUUUGUCAUUUUAGGUAUUGUUUUUAUGAUUUUUUUUUGGCACCUCUUUCCCUUUUCUUGGACCUCUUACUAGAAAGUGUUACAGUGUUACAGUUUUGUAACACUUCUUCAACAUUUUUGUAUUGUUGUUGAACCCAGUCUGAAAAAUACAAUUCAAUUUAGAAAAACACAAGGACAAUUCUAAUUUUCACCUAUUUUUUUCCCCUU